AUGGCCGAGGCACAACCAAGCAGUCAUACAGGACUUGCAGGAGUUCGUCAGUACUUCUUUAUUGUUAAGGAAGAGGUCAGCUCAGACUGGAAGGACCUGGCCUUCCAUCUUGGAUUUGAGCGAGCAGACACCGACAACAUUGCCGGCAGAAACCGAGAUGACAAGUCUCGCUGUAUGGACCUGUUGGAGGAAUGGCUGAAGCGGAACGGAGAGAGAGCCACCAUAGAGGUCCUGAAGGAGGCUCUGUCUGAGGCGAUGUUACAGAGUACCGUGGACAGUCUAGAGAAAAUAACAAUAAGGGCCCCGGACAUGCAACGACCUUCAAGUAUUCAGCAAACGAGCAAAGAAGAAAAUGGAAGACAGCCUGAGCAGGGGUUACAAAUAAAAGGUAAGAUGUGCUUGAUUCCAGAUGUUUUCCAAGAAGCCGUGAAGGGGUUUUACGAGCUAAGGCUGGCAAAAUUUAAACCUCUGAUCUGGAAUGACAACUUCACACUUAACCUUGUUGAUAUCUUUACGGAGUUAGAGUUAAUAGGGACAAGGCAACAGAGACAAAACGAACAGAGAAGAAAGUUACAUUCUUUAGACGACUUGUUCAAAACCGAUAUCACAGGGCUGUCGACUGCACCAAGGUGCAUUCUGAUUGAGGGUGAAGCCGGAGGGGGGAAGACAACGUUUCUGUCCAAAGAAGCCCUAGAUGCCGUCUCACAGAAAACAGAGCUGGGCAGACGACAUGACCUCGUCUUGUUGAUCCGACUCCGGGAGGUGAGAGAGGGGGAGACCAUGGAGGAGAUGGUGUGGGACCAGUGUGUUCCCGAAACAACUGAAGGUGUUGAUGCACAAUCCAUCAGAGCAAUCCUACAGAGGAGCGAGUCCCGUGUGCUUUUCCUCCUAGAUGGGUAUGAUGAGCUGCGACCUGAGGCUAGGGAAGCCAGGAAGGCCAUUCCAAAACUACUUUCUGGCAAGAUAUACCCCAAGAGCACGAUCGUGAUCACCUCCCGACCCUCAGCAGGAGUGCAGCCGUACACUCAGCCGGACUGUUACGUUAAAAUCAUGGGCUUCUCUCCUGACAAUAUGGAAAAAUAUGUGCAGCAAUAUUUUAGCAUCACAGAAAACCCAGGUCAAGCAGAGGAGCUCGUCACAAUGCUGAAAGAAGAGCAUCCUGUUGUGGACUUAAUCCACACACCGAUUUUCCUGAUGUUGGUCUGUCUGCUGUGGGAAGAGGAUCCAAACAUGGUCUCCAAUGGCACCAUGACGGGAGUCUACAGUGACCUGCUGACCUGUCUGGGUAGAAAGCAUUGCAAGCGGGAAGGAGUGGACAUGCCAACAGAUGACCUGCCUACAGACCUGGUCGAUGCAUUGAUGCAGCUUGGCAAGCUUGCGCUAGAGGCGCUGCUGAAAAAUGAGACUCUACUUGACGUGUCGGAUGUAGAGAGAACAUGUGUAAAUUGGCAGCUACUUCUGAAUCUUGGUGUGCUCUCCUUGGAAGUCUCUACCUCCAAACUGCAUCCUAGAAAACAGCUGAACUUUUCACACAGGACCAUGCAAGAGUUCCUGGCCGGACGGUACGUCGCUCAUGCUCUGAUGAAUAAAGACAUCUCUGAGAUGAUGCAGCUCACUUCCAUUUACAAGGCGCUUGAACUCAGAAACUUGCUUCUGUUUACAUGUGGCUGCGAUUUACGUGCCGCACAAAUUGUGCUAAAUGAGUUGAUCAGUCUAAGAAGCCAGGAAUUCGUGAAUCUAAGACCAGAGCACCUUGGCAAGCCAGGUUGGCAGGUGCCAGUAUCAGAUCGGGUGUGGGGACGUGCUGAAACAUACAGACAAUUCGUCCUUCUCUGUCUGGAUAUCCUUCAUGAAAGAAAGCAGCCAGACGUAUUGGAGGCUGUUAGCAAAGCCCUGCCUUAUUUAGUCUUAUUCCAGUUCAAGAACAGAAAGCGACAAGCUGCUUUUAAGUACUACCUGGAAAACAUCCAGACAGUGGAACUUCCGGAGAGAAUAAUACUCAGGAUGGUUGAAAUUGAUCAACCAUGUGGUCAGUACCUGGAGGAGACAUUCACAUCUCCUAUUCCAGAUCUACGCUUGGACCUUCAAUUAGCGCAUAAACCGCUUAUGUCACCUGAUCAGACAAGCAGACUGAUUUCAGGCCUAAGGAAUGUUCCGGCCCUAAGGGCUCUGGAUCUGACAAGUUCAAAUCUAACAGUGUCAUCUGUCAAGCCGCUUGUGCGGGGAUUUCGACACAUUCCCUUUCUAGAGGAGCUGGAUAUUUCUUGCAAUCCGGAAUUAGGUGAUGCUGGGAUUUACGUGUUAACGUAUGGACUGUCUAGUGUUCCACACCUGGCUGUACUCAGUCUGGGCUUAGUCUCCAUGACAGGAUGGGGCAUGCUUUUUCUGGCUCACCAAGUUCGCCGCUUAGUGGCACUGAGAGUUCUGGACAUAAGUGCAAAUGGUAUAAGUGACACCGGGCUGGGAUUUCUCAUAGACGCCCUCCCCUUCCUCACUGCCUUGCAGGAGUUGAUCUUAUGUAACACUGGUAUUAGACUUAGAGGCAUACGCACACUGGUCCCUACACUGAGUAAACUAAAGGGACUGAUUAAACUAAAUGUUAGUGACAAUGCCAUUGGAGACAUCGGACUAGAAUGGCUUACUGACAUUCUUCCCCUCCUUACGGCCAUGAGGGUGUUGGUUUUAAAUGAGAUAGGUUUCACUGACAGGGGAAUGUCAGCUCUGGUCAAAGCUCUGCCUCACCUGGUGGAAUUGCUGGUGUUGGAUGUGGGAUUUAACCACAUAGGAGACUCGGGGAUUGUCUCACUGGUGGAAACACUCGGUCAGUCCAGCAGAGUAAACAGGGAACGAAGUCUGAUCAACGCUCCUCGCAACAACACCAACCUGCGUGAACUACACAUGGGGAACAAUAGUAGAGUAACAGGAGUCGGACUAGGGAGGGUCGCACAGCUCAUCAGCGCACUGCCGGCACUGAUGAAGCUGGAUAUGUCUGGUUACGACUUCCCACAUGCAUACAUGCGUGACACCGCUGCCGUGGAACUGGCCGAGGCUCUGCCCAGACUCCCUGCCCUGGAGUGGCUCAUGAUAAGGAACAUCUGCAUGGACCCUGCAGGGUUCCAGGCAGUGGUGCAGGCCGCUGAGGAACACCCCGAACGUACUCUGUGGAAAUUGAAGUAA